AUGAUGCAAAAUCGUCGUUCUGGCUCUUACGACAGAAAUCGUACACCAACACUAAUGCCAGAUCCGAGUAAUUAUCGUUGUUACAAUAAUUGUCGUUGUUUUAAUAAUUAUCGUUGUUUUGAUAAUUAUCGUUGUUUUAAUAAUUAUCGUUGUUUUAAUGAUUUCGUUGUUAUACUAAUUAUCGUUGUUACAUGGACAGCAUCACAGCGUGAUUUCUACGUGGAAUUUGUAAAUGAGGAGAAAAAAUAUGCAGCAAUGGCACGAGAUAUAGCGCAAGAAGAUUACUCAUCACUGCUCGGUCGAAAGGUUUCUAUAUCCUUUUUGGAUUUUCUAGAUAUCCCUCCCCCCCAUCCCUACCCCCUCCCGCCCUCUGUUAAAAUACCUAUAAUAAUGUAG